GCAAGGUGAGUCCGUGGGGCGCUCAGGCGUUUCGGUGGGACACCUCGUUGGGUCCUUUCUCGCCGCCGUCGCCUGCGGGAGACUCCCAGCUCCGGGCGGAGGCUGACCGGGUUCCCGGGGCGCUGAUUCAUGAUUUUCUGCCGUUUCUUGGCAAAAAUGGCAACCAAUGAUGCUGUUUUGAAGAGACUAGAACAGAAAGGUGCAGAGGCAGAUCAAAUUAUUGAAUAUCUUAAACAGCAAGUUGCUCUUCUUAAGGAAAAAGCAAUUUUGCAGUCGACUUUGAGAGAAGAGAAGAAACUUCGAGUUGAAAAUGCUAAAUUGAAGAAAGAAAUUGAAGAAUUGAAGCAAGAGCUAAUUCAGGCAGAAAUUAAAAAUGGAGUGAAACAAAUACCAUUUCCAUCUGGUACUCCACUGCAAGCUAAUUCCAUGGUUUCUGAAAAUGUAAUACAAUUUAUGCCAAUCACACCCAUAUCUUCUGGUGCCAAAGAACAGAUACAAGGAGGAGGAGGAGAAGAAAAGAAGGUGAAAGAGAAACUUGAAAAGAAAGGAGAGAAAAAGGAAAAAAAACAACAAUCAGUAGCAGGAAGUGCUGACUCCAAACCAAUAGAUGUUUCCCGUCUGGAUCUUCGAAUUGGUUGUAUCAUCACUGCUAAAAAACAUCCUGAUGCAGAUUCUUUGUAUGUAGAAGAAGUAGAUGUUGGAGAAGCAGCCCCAAGGACAGUUGUCAGUGGCCUGGUGAAUCAUGUUCCUCUUGACCAGAUGCAAAAUCGGAUGGUGAUUUUACUUUGUAACCUAAAACCUGCAAAGAUGAGGGGAAUAUUAUCUCAAGCAAUGGUGAUGUGUGCUAGUUCACCAGAGAAAGUUGAAAUCUUAGCACCUCCUAUUGGAUCUGUUCCUGGAGACAGAAUUACUUUUGAUGCUUUUCCUGGAGAGCCUGACAAGGAGCUGAAUCCUAAGAAGAAGAUUUGGGAGCAGAUCCAGCCUGAUCUUUACACCAAUGAUAAGUGUGUGGCCACAUACAAAGGAGCUCCCUUUGAGGUGAAAGGGAAGGGAGUGUGUAGGGCUCAAACUAUGACCAACAGUGGAAUAAAAUAAAAUUACAUCAAAAUACUUCAAUUACUGAAAUGCAUUGGAAAAAACUUUGAUGCCAAUAAAAAGAAAUAUAUUUGUCACUUAUGCCUAAAAUA